CUCACGGAAGACCUGCGUUACAAUGCGCAUUUCGUCCGGCGCUCCACCCAACGAGAAGUUGAGAAGCAAAUUGCAAAACGGCCAGCAGCUUAUACGGCCGAGCAGCGUGCAGCUCUCCGAAAGCAGCUUGAGGACACUAAGUUCCUUACGCCCGACUAUGCCGAUAAGACCAAGAUCAACAUCGCCGGCUUGCUGCGAAAAUUGGUCACCUCCCUCCCUGUUCCGUGA